GCCAGUAAUGUCUCCUCUCCUUACAAUAUUUAUGGUGUUUAAAACUCAUUCGCAGAGAUCUGGGGAACAGUGGGUUCCGAGUAAGGGAGAAUCCAACCCGCAGAUGUAAAUCGGCAGUAGUGUAGGUAAGUGAGGUUAAGUAAGAGGGCGGCACGGUUUCUUUGUGCUACAAAUUGUGGGAUAUAAACUCGUACAAUCGUGGCCCUUCAAGUAUCACCAUGGCAAACAAAACCCCGGACCGAAUUCGCGUGGGUAUUAUCGGGGGUGGAUUGGCUGGUGCGACUCUAGCAAACGCUCUCGUCGUCCAUUCUCAUCUCGACAUCGAAGUAUUCGAAGCCGCUUCCAAAUUCUCAGAGCGGGGCGCCGCUGUUGGAUUAUCCAUGAAUGCGCAAAAUGCCCUUCGUCAAAUAAUUCCUUCUGCAGGAGAUCUCCUGGCAAAAGCCGGGGCCGUAAACAUGAACUCUACUCGAACUAUGCUAGGCUCAGGGCCGGCUGCGGGAACAUUUCUCUUCGACAUUGCAGCGGACGUGGACCCUGGUGUGAUAAUCCACCGUGCUUCGCUUCUGCGCGAGCUUCUGGCUCCCUUACCCCAGGAGAUCUUACACGCCAAUAAGAAACUAGCAGCCAUAAAACCCAGUGGCAACGAUGGAGUCGAAGUAACGUUCCAGGAUGGGACUAUGGAGCAUUUUGAUGCUAUCAUCGGCGCAGAUGGUAUAUUCGGCGUCGUCCGCGAUCACGUCUUACAAGAUGCUGCGGAAGAAUGCGCGGCGUCUCCGGGCGGGUAUUGGGACAGUAGAAACCUGGUACCAUUCGAAAAGGCAAAAGAGGUCCUUGGCGAGAAAUAUUUCGAACUUGAUCGCCAAUGGGGCUGGAUAGGAGAUGGCGCCUUCAUACUGCAUGAUAUCCUGGAGAAUAGGACCGUGGUUCAAGUCAUUAUUUCUGCCGUUGAACUUGACCCCCCUAAAGAUCGGAAAAGACCAUUGACGAAGGAGUUCCUAGACCAAACGCUGGAUAGAUGGCUAGAUGGUCCAAUUGCAAAGGGAGUAAUAGAGCUCACCCUUGACCAAGAUGAUCCGCAGGGCUACUCUCAAUGGGAGCAUAAGUCAACCAAAACAUACGCCAACGGUCGUGUGUGUGUUGCCGGAGAUGCAGCUCAUGCAACGACUCCCUGGCAAGGUACCGGCGCUGGUUUAGCUAUCGAGGACGCCAUGGUCCUAGGCGCUCUCCUUAGUAAAGUCACCUCUUCCAAAGACAUACCGGCAGCAUUCAAAGCAUAUGACGAAGUAAGAAGGCCCAGAUGCCAGAGAAUCAUCGAUUCGAGCCGGGAGACGGCGAGGAUAUUCUGUGGGAGGAACCCUAAGAUAGGCCUAAAUCCCGAUAAGCUAAGGGAAGUCAUCCGUCCUAGAUGGAACUUCAUUCUCGGAUUGGACGUAGAAGCUCACAAGGCGGAGGCCGUACGUCUAUUAGUGAACUAUCUCUGAUUAACCUAAGGGAUUACUUAAGACUCUCGAAAAUUCAAGCCAGCAAAUGACGUACCCAACUGGAACAAACUAAUCCCCUAUUUUAAAUAAUGGAUGGUUCAAGAUCUCAUAAAACCUAGCUAGACAGGUACGCGUACGUGACGCGUGCUCCUUACAUGUAGCAACGCGUGACUCACCACGCACCCGUCUCAAGUUUCAACGAGA